UAGUUGGUGAGGAAAGAGUGACAGUUGGUGAGGAGAGAGUGAUAGUUAGUGAGGAGAGUGACAGUUGGUGAGGAGAGAGUGACAGUUGGUGAGGAAAGAGUGACAGUUGGUGAGGAGAGAGAGUGACAGUUGGUGAGGAGAGAGACAGUUGGUGAGGAGAGAGUGACAGUUGGUGAGGAGAGAGACAGUUGGUGAGGAGAGAGUGACAGUUGGUGAGGAGAGAGUCAGUUGGUGAGGAGAGAGUGACAGUUGGUGAGGAGAGAGUGAUAGUUGGUGAGGAAAGAGUGACAGUUGGUGAGGAGAGAGUGAUAGUUAGUGAGGAGAGUGACAGUUGGUGAGGAGAGAGUGACAGUUGGUGAGGAAAGAGUGACAGUUGGUGAGGAGAGACAGUUGGUGAGGAGAGAGAGUGACAGUUGGUGAGGAGACAUUUGGUGAGGAGAGAGAGACAGUUGGUGGGGAGAAAGUGACAGUUGGUGAGGAGAGAGUUGGUGAGGAGAGAGUGACAGUUGGUGAGGAGAGUGACAGUUGGUGAGGAGAAAGUGACAGUUGGUGAGGAGAUAGUGACGGUUGGUGAGGAGAUAGUGACAGUUGGUGAGGAGAGAGUUGGUGAGGAGAGAGUUGGUGAGGAGAGAGUGACAGUUGGUGAGGAGAGAGAGAGACAGUUGGUGAGGAGAGAGAGACAGUUGGUGAGGAGAAAGUGACAGUUGGUGAGGAGAGAGAGACAGUUGGUGAGGAGAGAGAGAGACAGUUGGUGAGGAGAGUGACAGUUGGUGAGGAGAGAGAGUGACAGUUGGUGAGGAGAGAGUGACAGUUGGUGAGGAGAGAGAGACAGUUGGUGAGGAGAGAGAGACAGUUGGUGAGGAGAAAGUGACAGUUGGUGAGGAGAGAGAGACCGUUGGUGAGGAGAGAGAGACAGUUGGUGAGGAGAGAGAGUGACAGUUGGUGAGGAGAGAGAGUGACAGUUGGUGAGGAGAGAGAGACAGUUGGUGAGGAGAGAGAGACCGUUGGUGAGGAGAGAAACAGUUGGUGAGGAGAGAGUGACAGUUGGUGAGGAAAGAGUGACAGUUGGUGAGGAGAGAGACAGUUGGUGAGGAGAGAGUGACAGUUGGUGAGGAGAGAGACAGUUGGUGAGGAGAGAGUGACAGUUGGUGAGGAGAGAGUCAGUUGGUGAGGAGAGAGUGACAGUUGGUGAGGAGAGAGUGAUAGUUGGUGAGGAAAGAGUGACAGUUGGUGAGGAGAGAGUGAUAGUUAGUGAGGAGAGUGACAGUUGGUGAGGAGAGAGUGACAGUUGGUGAGGAAAGAGUGACAGUUGGUGAGGAGAGAGAGUGACAGUUGGUGAGGAGAGAGACAGUUGGUGAGGAGAGAGUGACAGUUGGUGAGGAGAGAGUCAGUUGGUGAGGAGAGAGUGACAGUUGGUGAGGAGAGAGUGAUAGUUGGUGAGGAAAGAGUGACAGUUGGUGAGGAGAGAGUGAUAGUUAGUGAGGAGAGUGACAGUUGGUGAGGAGAGAGUGACAGUUGGUGAGGAAAGAGUGACAGUUGGUGAGGAGAGACAGUUGGUGAGGAGAGAGAGUGACAGUUGGUGAGGAGACAUUUGGUGAGGAGAGAGAGACAGUUGGUGGGGAGAGAGUGACAGUUGGUGAGGAGAGAGUUGGUGAGGAGAGAGAGACAGUUGGUGAGGAGAGUGACAGUUGGUGAGGAGAUAGUGACGGUUGGUGAGGAGAGAGUUGGUGAGGAGAGAGUGACAGUUGGUGAGGAGAGUGACAGUUGGUGAGGAGAAAGUGACAGUUGGUGAGGAGAGAGUUGAUGAGGAGAGAGUUGGUGAGGAGAGAGUUGGUGAGGAGAGAGUGACAGUUGGUGAGGAGAGACAGUUGGUGAGGAGAGAUAGUGACAGUUGGUGAGGAGAGAGUUGGUGAGGAGAGAGUUGGUGAGGAGAGAGUGACAGUUGGUGAGGAGAGAGAGAGAGAGAGACGCUGGAGCAGGGUGAGCGGUGGGUGAGUGGUCAGGCGAGCGGCGGCGUGAGGCAGCGGCGGUCAGUGGUGAGUGCCAGGCGCGGUGAAUGGUGAGGAAGGAGGACAGCAGGGAAAGGAGACAGUGGUGAGGAGUGGGGUGAGUGGUGAGGAGUGGGGUGAGCGGUGGGGUGAGGAGUGGGGUGAGUGGUGAGCAGUGGGGUGAGCAGUGGGGUGAGGAGUCGCGGCGGCUCGUAGGCCACAUGGAGCCUCGGCCCUGGGGUCGCGGCUCCACAACGCGACCCGCGUGAAGCCGAUUACAGUGAGCUGCACAGCAGCAUCAGCAGCAGAAGCAGCAAUGGGCUACACGGACGGCACGGCCACCGUGGUGCUGGGCAACCGCACGCUGCUCUUCAUGUUCCUGUGCGCUUUCGCCUUCGUCACGCUCUGGCAGGAGAUCAGCUUCGGGCCCCGUGCCCUCCGCAGGUAUUUUGUGUCUUACCACGGCCCUCUGCUCUUCAACUCCACCGAGUGUCGGGAGCUCCGCACCGACAUGACCGAUGUCCGCCUGGGAAUGUUUCGUGAGUCCGAUGUCUUUGAUCGCUGGCGGCGCCUCCAGGUGUGCGACUGGGAACACAACCGCUCCGAGUCCGACCUGCUCAGGCUGCAGCUGUCGCGGUGCUGCAAUGCGCCGGGGCUGCUGGUGGCGUCUCAGCGGAAUGUGGCGCUGGGGAGCCGCCUGCGCUAUGAGGGCGAGGAGAAGCGGACGCUGCAGGUCGGCCAGGAGCUGUUCAACAUGCUGCCUCCGGAGAUGCCGUACGGCAAGCAGCAGUUCCGCACGUGCUCUGUGGUGGGGAACGGCGGGAUCCUCACGGGCAGCGGCUGCGGGCACCACAUCGACAGCGCUGACUUCGUGUUCCGGUGCAACCUGCCGCCCCUGCAGGAGGAGUUCACUCAAGACGUGGGCUCCAGAACCGACCUGGUCACGAUCAACCCCAGCAUCAUCAGCGACAGGUUUGAGCGUCUGGAGAGGAGGCGGCGGCCGUUCGCGGAGGCGCUGGAGGUGUACGGGAACGCGUCGCUCGUGCUGCCUGCGUUCUACGUGGGGCGCAACACCGAGCUCGCGCUGCGCGUGCGCUACACGAUGGAGGACCUGGGCCUGCCGCGGCCCGUGCUCUUCUUCCACCCGGCGUACCUGGCGAGCGUGGGCGCCUUCUGGCGCGCCCGCGGGGUCCGCGCGCGCCGCCUCUCCAGCGGCCUCAUGGUGGCGAGCGCGGCGCUGGAGCUGUGCCGCGAGGUGCACGCCUACGGCUUCUGGCCCUUCGGCGUGGGCGCGCGCGGCGACUCGCUGGCGCACCACUACUACGACGACGCCAAGCCGCGGCCCGGCUUCCACGCCAUGCCCGCCGAGACCGUGCACCUCAUGCACCUGCAUGCCCGCGGCACGCUGCAUCUGCACACGGAGCCCUGCCCCGCCCGCUGAGACGCACGCUCGCGUACGCGUACGCUCACACUCGCCAAGGCACGCGCGCUCACACACGUGAAGUCACACACGCACAAAGGCACACACGCUCACACAGGUGAAGGCACGCGCGUUCACGAACGUGAAGUCACGCACGAAGGCACACACGCUCAUGAAGGCACACACGUGAAGGCACACACGUGAAGGCACACACGCACACACGCACACACGCACGAAGGAAAACACAUGCACACACACGUGAAGUCACACACGUACGAAGGCACACACGCUCACACACGUGAAGUCACACACGCACGAAGGCACACAUGCACACACACGAAGGCACACAUGCACACGCACCAAGGCACACAUGCACAUACACGCACCAAGGCACACAUGCACACACACGCACCAAGGCACACAUGCACACACACGCACCAAGGCACACAUGCACACACACGAAGGCAAACACAAGGGGGACUCAUGCACCCUACCACACUCGGCGCUGCGCUGGACUCUUAAUUUAUUAUUCUCGCGACAUCGCGGGGAUACGAGGAGGAGGAGGAGAGGUACUGCUGCUGCCGCUUUACACGACUAUGCAAGCGCUCGGGCAUGCGGGCGCAGUGCCCGUGUCACCGUCCUGUGUUCCCUCGCCUCCCGUUGUGUCCCGUGCUUCAUCUCGCCACGUGUCCGGCUUGCUUCCGUGUCUUGUCACGUGCUUAGGGUUGCCGCCUGUCCACGUUUGACCCGGUACAGUCCGGAGAACUUGCAUUUGUGUUGGGGUGGCAGGAUUUGAUUGGUAUCGAGAUCUGCUACCGGUCUUGUGCCGAACCUCAUCACAGAGGACCGCUGCACAGUUUUGGUAAUAGAUGCUCGUGGAUAAAUCUGCCUGGGUUUAGUUCUGCAGUGGAUAGAGGUGGUGACCCUACAUGCUGCUACGUAUAUUGAACUGUUUUUCGCACCGGUACGUAGCCAACCGUGCUCUUCGGAGGUGCAAUGGUCCCACGCGUUUGCCCCGUCGCUGUUUGUUGCAAUCGAGGACUCGAGAGGCGUGUCCCCGGUGACGCGGUACAGCGCGUGCCGCUAGCGCGGCGCUACGGUGAGCGGCGCGCUUGGACCUGCAUGCAAUCCAGAGGUUGCCCGGCAUGGCAGUUAAAAAACGAAUGGAGCAAGUUUCUGAAAUCCCCCCCCUCACCGCCACCCACCCUGUCCAGCCAGCAGUAUACAUGGUUGAUUGGCAGCUGGCGUGUGUAGGGGCAAUGCGUGGGUACGGCUACCUCUUCCGACAGUCUGGUCGACGUGGAAGAGUUGUCUCUAGCGGUGGCUCGGAGCAGCUCGUGGGCUCAAGAGUUGAGCCCACGGGAUACGUGAGGAUUGGAGUUCAGGUCGACAGAGUGCUGGCCGAUGAUUGUGGUUCGUAGUAAUAAUAGUCGCGUCAACUUGUCACGCACCCGACGCACAAUAUUUGUUGUCGGAGAGAACCACAGCCUUGCGAGAAGGCAAGCAGCCAGGCGAUGAGCCAAGCUAAUGUUGCCCUCUGUAUAUUGAGGUGUCAUCGGCCAAUUAAUGACUGUUUACAUGUGGGAGGAAACUGGGAGCACCCCAGAGAAAAACCCACGCGUGCGAAGGGGCAACACUCGAUUCCGUGCAUACGGCUGAGAGGGAAAUUAUUUCACGUUUUGUCGUACCGCAUUUCCGGUGACCCAGGGACACGGCUUCCUCCUCGACUCCCACGGGAAGGGAGUUUCACAACAUUCGUGCGACCCGCCGACCCUCGCUGCCUCCACAGUGCUUGGCUUUACAGGCCAUGUGCGGAGCCAGCAGCCUCCGCUGCUGGCUCGUGGUGCCGGUCGUGAUUGACGGCUCCCAUCGUGGACGACGAUCGUGGUUGGCGACGAUGGUGAUCGUGGUUCACGACGAUGAUCGUGGUUGAUGAUGAUCGUGGUUGACCAUGAUCGUUUGAGGACGAUGAUCGUGGUUGACCAUGAUAGUGGUUGACCAUGAUCGUGGUUGACGACGAUGAUCGUGGUUGACGAUGAUCAUGGUUGACCAUGAUCGUUUGAAGACGAUGAUCAUGGUUGACCAUGAUCGUGGUUCACGACGAUGAUCGUGGUUCACGACGAUGAUCGUGGUUCACGACGAUGAUCGUGGUUGACCAUGAUCGUGGUUGACGACGAUGAUCGUGGUUGACGAUGAUCGUGGUUGACCAUGAUCAUGGUUGACCAUGAUCGUGGUUCACGACGAUGAUCGUGGUUCACGACGAUGAUCGUGGUUGACCAUGAUCGUGGUUGACGACGAUGAUCGUGGUUGACGACGAUGAUCGUGGUUGACCAUGAUGAUCGUGGUUGACCAUGAUCGUGGUUGACCAUGAUCGUGGUUGACCAUGAUGAUCGUGGUUGACCAUGAUGAUCGUGGUUGACCAUGAUCGUGGUUGACCAUGAUCGUGGUUGACAACCAUGGUUGACCAUGAUCGUGGUUGAUGAUGAUCGUGGUCGACGACGAUCAUCGCGGUUGCAUGAGAAGAAGCCGUUCCGCUGUGCCGUGCGGCGUGUCAAAUUUGCACUCGGCGUAGCUGACACUGUACAGCAACUUAUUGUGUUUAUAUAACAAAGAGAAUGUUCGUUAGGAUGCCGCGCGUCGUUAUUUAUGCUGUGUGUCUAUCGUUCGCUUGUCCCCGUCUCGUCCCUGUCUCGUCCCGCCACGUGUGGAGCUCCGUGGGGAGAGGCGAGCGCGUCGCUCCCGUGCGUGUGUCGCACUGUGGGGGGGAACACGCGAGUCAUAAACGUGUCACGAAUUAG